UCCCUCCACCCCGUUCUACCACCGAUCGGGGCAGAGCAGGGCAAAACGUAGCCGAGGUGCCGUCUCCAAUCGGCGAGUUCCGCCGGCCAGAAACUAUGAUUCGGGCGGUGAUAGUGAUGAACACCCAGGGCAAGCCCCGCCUCGUCAAGUUCUACGACUUCCAGCCGCCGGAGAAGCAGCAAGAGUUGAUCCGCAGCGUCUAUGGAGUUUUAUCCGAGAGAGCAGACAACGUCAGCAACUUCGUUGAGGCAGACGCAAUCUUCGGCCCGGGUACUCAGCUGGUGUACAAGCAUUUUGCCACUUUGUAUUUUGUUUUUGUGUUUGAUAGUGCUGAAAAUGAGCUAGCUAUGCUUGACCUUAUACAAGUGUUCGUUGAGACUCUGGACAGAUGCUUCAAAAAUGUAUGUGAGCUGGACAUUGUGUUCAAUUUCAAUAAGAUGCAUAUGCUUUUAGACGAAAUUAUAUUUGGAGGCCAAGUGUUGGAAACUAGUUCUGAGCAAGUGCUGAAGGCCGUUGAGGAGAUUUCCAAGUUAGAGAAAUCUUCAAGUGCAAUCAGUCUUGUUCCCAAGUCUGUUUCAGCAAGAUUUGGCCGCUAGUUUUUACAUGUGCAGAAUAGAGUCCUAAGACAUUAAUGCAGGUUCCUUUUGUGGCUUGGUUAUUGGAUCGCAUGUGGGCUUGCUUGUACCACUUAAUCAAGUUGCUUUGGAGUGUAGACAAUGUUAUCUGAUGUCGGUGCACUAGCUCCAUUGCUGAGAUAAAAUUCUCUUAAUUCUUUGUUGCUGAGUAAAACAGUGAAGAUAUGUCUGACUUUACUAAUGGCAGAAAUUUGAUUUCCAUUAUGUUUGCACC